UUGAAUUAUCAUUCAUAGUCAUUGAUUUUUCAGCUACCAAUCAAACCUUUUCAGAAGACAAAUUUUCCAGUUCCUCCCUCACUUUCCCUUCAUCAUUCACCACACGAUUCACGUUUUUUGACUUCUUUCACAUCUCCGAUCGAAGCUCACUCUUCACUGAUCUGUAAGUUGUGAUUCCCUUUUCCUUGCUUCUUGCUUAUAAUUGAGCUUCGUUUCUGCGAUCAGACACGUUGUAAAUCAGAGACUAUCCUUCUUUAAAACUAUCUGGAGACAUGGAUCGCGGGCACCUUACACUGAUAGGAUCGACUGCGUGUGUUAUGCUCUGUCUGCACUUUUCGAUUCAGCUGGUGACCCAACAUUACAUGUCAUGGAAGAAGCCCAAGGAACAGAAGGCGAUAGUAAUCAUCGUCCUCAUGGCUCCCUUAUACGCCAUUGAUUCCUACGUUGGUUUGCUGGACAUACGGGGGAGCGAAACAUUUUUCACUUUCUUGGAUUCUGUAAAAGAAUGCUAUGAAGCUCUGGUGAUGGCGAAGUUCCUGAGCUUGAUGUACACUUACUUGAACAUAUCGAUCAGCAAGAACAUCGUGCCGGAUGAAAUCAAGGGAAGAGAAAUUCAUCACUCGUUCCCGAUGACCCUUUUCCAGCCUCACAGCGUUCGAUUGGACCACAAAAAUUUGAAGCUACUCAAGGACUGGACUUACCAAUUCGUUGUGAUCCGACCUAUCUGCUCAGUUUUGAUGAUCGCAUUUCAGCUUUUCGAUAUGUAUCCGGCGUGGCUCAGCUGGACAUUCUCGAUCAUCCUCAACGUCUCGGUUUCGCUGGCAUUGUACUCUCUCAUCGUCUUCUAUCACGUCUUCGCGAAGGAGUUGGCGCCGCAUAAACCUCUGGCCAAGUUUCUGUGCGUCAAAGGCAUCGUCUUUUUCUGUUUCUGGCAGGGAUUCGUGCUCGAAAUUCUGGUUGCUGUCGGGAUCGUAAAAUCGAACCACUUCUGGCUGGAUGUUGAGCAUCUCCAGGAAGCUCUCCAGAAUGUAAUGGUGAUUGUGGAGAUGGUUUUCUUCUCGCUGCUGAUGAAAUACGCCUACAGUGCUGAACCAUACCGCUCCGGAUCAAUCGCCGGAAAGAGCGACAAGAAGAACGAAUGACCGGAGAACCUCGUCGGCCUGCCGGAGCGUGUAGUUUCUGCAAGAAAAUAAUGACGAGGAUGUAUCGCAUUACCAUUAUGUUUAGUUGUAUUUUCAAUUUCAUUUUCUCACUAAUAAUAAUAUGAUAUUUUUCGAAAAAAUUAUUA